CGCAACUCUUCAUACACCGAAGAACCAAUCAUUGAGAGAGGGCUUCGGUGUUCUUAGAUCCUCCAUCACGGAUCGUAUAAACAGUGUACGAGCCGCCACUCCCCAGGAAAAACAAGCGGCGAUCUGCGUCCCAUCUGUCUUGGGAGCCAGGUCAGCCGCGUCCAAAAGCAGUCCUGCUCUGCAUCGCCUCCAUAACUCUCGUUAUCCCAACCAUGUAACAGCCUGUUGACUAGUUUCCGUCAAACUAUUAUAAAGCUUAAUAAUAGUGAGCACCUGCUAUAAUCCAGUUAUAUAGAUAAACUUCUGAUAGAGAUUGUGGGCAUGAUUGUAAGAAAAUUAAAAAGUAGUUAUUUUCUUAAUUUUCAUCUUGCCAACAGAAGUCUCCGAGCAAGUAGUAUAUUAUAUAUUUGUGUAAUCUACCCUGAUCACCUUACAGCACAUUAUCUAGCCAAUCCCCGGAAUAAAGAAGCUGCUGCGAGAGCUCGUUCUCUUGAGAAAUUAAUUAGUAUUAAACUAAACUCUACAUUAGAUAGUUCAGAAAGCCGGAAAUUCUUUAUUUAUACUAUUCAUAUUAUUUUCACUACUAUUACUGCAGUUCCAGUAGAUCCAGAAAUACUACAGCUUCCAGAUUUCUGUCUUACUAUAAAUUCUAUUACUUUGAUACUCAUAAUCUUACAUAUCACAGUUGGCCUACCAGAAAGGGAAAGGGAUCUUAAAGCGCUAAGUGAUGGUAUUUAUCUCAAGAAUCUCCACGUCUUGGAGAUUAACACAGUCAGUAGUACAGAAGACUAUUUAGCUAGGCUAUUUCUUGUCCAUAAAAUAACUUUGUAUAAUAUAUAUCUGGAAUUAAUCGAACUUCCAACUCUAGAGUCCUGGAAAUCAUUACUUAAGACCAUUCAGGAUGAACUUUGUUUAGACCACCUUGAGAUCACGGACUGUGAAGCCAGUAAUCAUAUCAUUAUGUUCAGUGGCAAGCAGAAAGAAACUUUAAAUAAUCUUAUCAGAAUAUUAAUAUUAGAGAAGAUAAUCUGA